AUGAGCGAGGGCGAAUUGAGUGCAGGUCCCGCUGCUCCGCCUCCCAGGCGUAUUGCCAAACGCACCAAGCCUCGUCGACGGCUUAUCGAUGAGAUGCCUGAGGUCGAGCCGAACACGGAGGAGGCGAAUGGGACUCCUCUGCCCGAGCUAGCGCAAGAGACCGAUGCUAUGCUGCAGGCGGAGGCGGCGCAGGAGCUGGCCGAGCGGCUAGACACCCUUAGGCAGCUGGCAAACGAGCUGGACCACGACCGGUGGCGUCUGCCAGAAGGCCCCACCACCCUCCUCUGA